AUGGCCGACCUCGCAAGCCGGAUCACUCGACCAGAUGCGGCCGCGUCGGCUGACAAUGGUGCUGCGAACGAUACCAAGCCUCCUGUCGAAGACGACGGCACCGGUCUUCUGGAGUCGAAAUACGAGGUUGAGGUCAAGCUGAGUGACCUGCAGGGCGACUCUGACAACCCUCUUUCUUCAGUCUCUUCGUUCGAGGAGCUCGGCCUGAAACCGUCGAUUAUCGAAGGUCUUCGCAGCCUGAGCUUCAUCAAGCCGUCCAAGAUUCAGGAGCGGGCCCUGCCGCUGAUGCUGUCUGACCCCCCCCGGAACAUGAUUGCGCAGUCCCAGUCCGGCACUGGAAAGACUGCUGCCUUUGUCGUCACGGUUCUUUCUCGGGUGGACUUUUCCAUUCCGCAUACGCCGCAGGCGCUCGUUCUUGCUCCCAGCCGCGAGCUUGCCCGCCAGAUCGAAUCGGUCAUCAACUCCAUCGGCCAGUUCUGUGAAGGCCUGCAGGUGGCGGCCGCCAUCCCAGGUGUCAUCGGCCGGGGAAGUGCCGUUCAGGCUAACGUUGUUGUGGGCACCCCCGGAACGGUGAUGGAUCUGAUGCGGCGCAGGCAGCUCGACCCUGCCGGCCUGAAGGUUCUCGUUAUCGACGAGGCCGACAACAUGCUCGACCAGCAGGGACUCGGCGAGCAGUGUGUCCGGGUGAAGGAGAAGCUUCCAAAGACCAUCCAAGUGCUGCUCUUCUCUGCUACCUUCCCGGAGAAGGUGAUGCGAUAUGCUGAGAAGUUUGCGUCCAACGCCAACCAGAUGAGACUACGCCAGCAGGAAUUGACUAUCAAGGGCAUUUCGCAAAUGUACAUGGAUUGCCCCUCCGAGAACGACAAGUACGAGAUCCUCUGCAAGCUGUACGGUCUUAUGACCAUCGGAUCGUCGGUUAUCUUUGUCAAGACCCGCAACAGCGCGACUGAGAUCCAGCGGCGGAUGGAGGCAGACGGGCACCAAGUCGCAGCCCUCCACGGCGCAUACGAGGGAGAAGCUCGCGACGUGCUUUUGAACGACUUCCGGUCCGGAAAGUACAAGGUUCUCAUCACGACCAAUGUGCUAGCCCGUGGCAUUGACGUGUCCAGCGUCUCGAUGGUAAUCAACUACGACAUUCCGAUGAAGGGCGUCGGAGACCGCGAGCCAGAUGCCGAGACAUACCUCCACCGCAUUGGCCGGACCGGCAGAUUCGGACGUGUGGGUGUGAGCAUCAGCUUCGUAUACGACAAGAAGAGCUUCAACGCGCUUGCCGAGAUCGCGAACCAUUACAGCAUCGAUCUCAUCCAGCUGGACCCCGACGACCCGGACGCAACUGAGAAGAAGGUGCGGGAGAUCUUGAUGUCGUCCCGGGCGCAGCCGAAUUAUGCGCCGACGGCUCUUCCGAGCUCAUGGGACCGCAAUGAGGAAAAGAAGACACUCGACGUGGCAGAGCACGAGAUACAGCACAACGAUCAAGUAAUUUACCAUGCGGCUUGA